GGGUGGGGCGGGCCCGUGAAGUACCGUAACCAACAGCCCCCCGCCCCCUCCCCGGAGGGGCGCCUAGGGGAGACCUUUGCUCCCGCAGCCGGUGAUUCCUGUGGAGGAGUCACUCGGGAAAGGCCAGAGACGCGUUUCCCGCCCUGGACACGGAAGCGUCUCCUCCUCACAAACGGGCGACCGUGAGGUCCCCGGGGCCCGGACUUGCCUUCUGACUGGGGCCGAGGACUGUUGACUGAAGAGGACAGGGGGUUGGGGAGGGGCGUGUCCCGCAGGAGUCCCGGGAGACGCGGGUUGGGGGAAGGUCCCGGGAAUGCAGGACCUGUCGAGAGUCUUGGCGCUGUGGCUGACUUGCCGUGUGACCUCUAGCGACUUCUGACCCUUGGACGGGGUUUCUGGGAUUUGUGGAACUGACGGUUGGUCUAGGUGAUCCCUAAGAGUCUGUCCAGUUUGAGAAGCAGUGAUUUGGUUCGAUAGACUUCCGUGAUUUGCUAGUUCUUCGAGAAGUUGCUUCUGAUGUGGAGGCAGUCGCCUGCUUGUUUCGUGUUGAGUUUGGGAGGACUUAAGAUGGGUAGACUGGCCCUUGAACCUAACCUUUCAUUUGGGAACAGCCUCGCUGAGAGGUGGUCAGUCAAGGUAUAUCAAAAUUGUGACUGCAGAGAGAGUGUGGAGUCCCGACCCUGAGUCUUUGAAAACUGUGGACACAAAGACCUGCUAUUUGAUAGGAAUGGCUCAAGAUCAAACUGGCUUUAUGUAAAUAUGGAGAGAAGUGAUGAGAUGCAGUAGGCAAAGUUCCCAAGAAAACUUGGAAAAUUAAUCAGUUGAGAAGUGAAAUGAAGAGCGAGGGAAGGGAGUGUUUAGAACACACCUAGGUUGUAAUGGUGAUAUUUAGCAUUGUUUAGCAGUAUCCAGUGUUUGUCUAAAACUUAGCCUUCUUUGAGCCUCGCAACACCUCUGAAGGAGAUGGUAUUGUCCCUGCAUUACCACUUAAAAGAGACUGUGGUUUAAAGUCUAACACAGCCUGAGACACAGUAGGUGCUCAGGAAGUAUUGAAUGAAUUAAUCAGAAGGGGUGUGGCUUGUCCAGGUUGGCAUCACUUGGAGGAGUAGAGACGGAGCUCGAACUGGUCACAUCACAGUUUUUCAAGAGUUCGCUGUGAUUGAAAACUUAGCUUUCUCUUUUACCACCAAAGUUUCAGCCUAUAGGAAAACAAAAUGGGUGAAGGAAAAUGAAGAGAAAGCUUUAAAAGGGAUUCUAGUUGAGAAUAUGACAUGAACAUGGGGAAGAUGAGAAUUUAAGUGAAAAAUAUUAACUCGGGCAAAAUAAAGUGUUCAUUUUCAGUUGUCAUUGUAACCAGUGAUGGAAAGGAAGUUGCAGGCCUAAUUUCUUGGUUGCAUGAGGAAAUGCUAUUAUUAGAGCCUUGAUAAAUAGAGAAAUGGAAGUUUGGGGGAAGAGGUUAAAUAAAUAGGAAAGAGAAGUUGAAAGAAAAGGUACUGAAUCUUCCAAUGUCAGGGAAAUUGGGGGAUAGAAAAAAUGCCAUCUGUACAGAAAGUCAUAAUGAAGCUAUUGUGUUGAUUGGUAAGUCUUUGGAGGAUUGUCCUCUGGAUGAAGAUGAAGAUGCAUUUCAGGGCCUGGGAGAGGAGGACGAAGAGAUUGAUCAAUUCAAUGAUGAUACAUUUGGAUCAGGUGCAGUUGAUGAUGAUUGGCAGGAAGCACAUGAGCGCCUGGCUGAACUGGAGGAGAAGCUGCCUUCAGCAGUUAAUGAACAAACCGGCAAUGGGGAAAGGGAUGAGAUGGACUUGUUGGGUGACCAUGAGGAAAAUCUGGCAGAGAGGCUCAGUAAGAUGGUGAUUGAAAAUGAACUCGAAGACCCAGCUAUCAUGAGGGCGGUACAGACCAGGCCAGUGAUGCAACCCCAACCAGGAAGUCUGAAUUCGAGCAUCUGGGAUGGAUCUGAAGUUCUGAGGCGAAUCCGAGGACCCCUGCUUGCUCAGGAAAUGCCUACAGUGUCUGUGUUAGAAUAUGCCUUGCCUCAGAGGCCCCCCCAGGGCCCAGAAGACGAUCGGGACCUUUCCGAGCGUGCACUACCAAGGCGGUCCACCUCGCCUGUCAUUGGGAGUCCUCCUGUUAGAGCUGUCCCCAUAGGCACCCCACCUAAGCAGGUGGCUGUGCCCAGCUUCAACCAGCAGCCUGUGCAGUCCUGUUCCAUAGACUUCCCUCCACCUGAAACCAGCAGCUGGAAAGGAAGGCCAAUGUGGAAGGUUCUGUGUCCAAAGCCUGUCCACGUUCGGCCCCCGGUGCCGCCACGGUUCCCUGCUCCCUACGGUGAGAGGGCGCCUCCAGACCAGCUCUGCGGCGUCCCGAACUCCUCCCUGCUGGGCCACCCUUUCCCACCUAGUGUCCCUCCUGUCCUCAGCCCCCUCCAGAGAGCACAGCUUCUUGGAGGAGCGCAGUUACAGCCCGGACGGAUGUCUCCCAGCCAGUUUGCACGGGUCCCUGGAUUCGUGGGCAGCCCGCUUGCUGCCAUGAAUCCCAAGCUGUUGCAAGGUCGAGUCAGGCAGAUGCUCCCCCCGGCGCCAGGCUUCCGUGCCUUCUUCAGCGCCCCACCCCCCGCUACACCGCCACCUCCACAGCAGCACCCCCCCGGUCCAGGACCCCACCUGCAAAACCUAAGAUCACAGGCCCCAAUGUUUAGACCAGACACAACCCACCUUCAUCCACAGCAUCGUCGACUCUUGCAUCAGAGACAGCAACAGAGUAGAAAUCAGCAUCGGAAUCUCAACGGUGCAGGAGACAGAGGGGGUCACCGGAGCAGUCAUCAGGAUCAUAUCCGAAAGGAUCCGUAUGCCAACCUCAUGCUGCAGCGAGAAAAAGACUGGGUCUCCAAAAUCCAGAUGAUGCAGCUGCAGAGCACUGACCCCUACCUGGAUGACUUCUAUUACCAGAAUUACUUUGAAAAACUGGAGAAACUGUCAGCUGCUGAAGAAGUGCAAGGUGAUGGCCCGAAAAAGGAGCGUACCAAGCUCAUCACGCCUCAGGUGGCCAAGCUGGAGCACACCUACAAGCCAGUGCAGUUUGAGGGCUCUUUGGGAAAGCUCACUGUCUCUAGUGUGAAUAAUCCCCGAAAAAUGAUUGAUGCUGUUGUGACAUCUCGGAGUGAGGAUGAUGAGACAAAAGAAAAACAGGUUCGGGACAAAAGACGAAAAACCCUUUUCAUAAUUGAGAAAACCUACAGUUUACUGCUUGAUGUGGAAGAUUAUGAAAGGCGUUACCUCCUAAGUCUGGAAGACGAGCGACCUGCCCUGAUGGAUGAAAGAAAGCACAAAAUUUGUUGCAUGUAUGACAACUUAAGGGGGAAAUUGCCUGGACAGGAGAGGCCAAGUGAUGACCACUUUGUACAGAUCAUGUGUAUCCGAAAGGGGAAGAGAAUGGUGGCCCGGAUUCUGCCUUUCCUCUCCACAGAGCAAGCAGCUGACAUUCUCAUGACAACAGCCAGGAACCUCCCUUUCCUCAUCAAGAAGGAUGCACAGGAUGAGGUGCUGCCAUGCCUAUUGAGUCCCUUCUCUCUCCUCCUCUACCAUCUUCCACCAGUGACUGUCGCCAGCCUCCUGCAGCAGCUGAUGAGCCUACCUCAGGGCACAGCGGCCCCGGCUCCGUCCAACCCGCACCUCUCUACUGUGCUCCAGAGCAAGUUUGGCCUGUCACUGCUCCUCGUCGUCCUGAGCCGCGGGGAAGACCUACAGAGCUCAGACCCUGCUUCAGAAUCGGCGCAAAGCAACCCGUGGACGGAGGUGAUGUUCGUGGCAACCCGAGAACUUUUGCGGAUUCCCCAGACAGGCCUGGCCAAGCCAAUCUCUAUACCCACAAACCUAGUAUCCCUCUUUUCUCGUUAUGUUGACCGACAGAAACUGAACUUGCUGGAGACAAAACUGCAGCUAGCUCAGGGGAUUCGGUAAAGGUGCCACACGCGUCCUGGGCCUCUGGCUGCCUCCCGCACAGCUGCCGUCUCCAGUGGAGUGUGGCUUUUAACGAGGGAGGGAAGGUAGCUCACUCCCCAGAGCGUCUGGUGGGACCGAGUCCCACUCACAGGGGUUGUCUCUGAAUGCCAGGUACUCUCCACUGCUCUGUGAAAUGUGGCUGGGUUCAUACUUGUGCCGGUUUCCUUACCUUCUGUGUGACAGUCCUGCAUGUCCCAGUUGACUAGAUUCUUCUCCAUCCUGCCUUUUCUUUGCCCUCGAGACACAAACAUAACCUCUCCCUUCAUCCCCCCACCACUGCUCCAGCUCAGAGUAGGACAGGAUUCCUUCCCUCCUCGCCCCUUAUUAAUAUGACUGUAGGAAAGCUGAUGAAGUAGAAAUAUAUAUGUAUGCGCGCACACACACCCCAGAUUUGUACGUUUAUGUGGUCUCCAAAGGGUCCUUAAAGAACGAGUUUAGGCUGAGAAAUUUAGUUGACACACUAUCCCUUCUCUAACCACAAACCAGCUGAUGUGUUUUUAAUCUGUUCCUCAUCCAUCUUGUGAUUGAUUUGAUGGGUUCUACUUGUUCUAAUAAAAUGUAGGGUAUGCA